CUGGCCACUCUCUCCCCCUCCUCAACACCCCUGGGCUGGUGGUGCGUCUUCGGACCGAGUGCGGGGGGCUAGGGGGCGUCCGGGAAGGGGGAGGGGGCCUCACGAGACCCCUCCCCGCGUCCCGGGCCGCUGCGCUGAAUCACCGGCGAGGUUUGUGCAAACCCGUGAAUGAGCCGCACACCAGCCGCGGCUACCCGGUGCCUGGCCUGAGAAGGAGGCAGCGCUGGCAUGCCCUCAGCCUGAACGCGGCGGCCCGCCCCCACGCCCCGCCACCCNCCGCCCCCGCCGUCCGAACUCCCUGCGGGCCCCCCCGCCCGUGCCAGGGCCACCCCGGAUGAGGACAGAGAGCCGGAGAAGGCCCGGAUGCAGCGGGCCCAGAUGGCCGCGCUGGCCGCCAUGCGGGCUGCGGCUGCGGGCCUCGGACACGCGGCCAGCCCCAGCGGCUCUGAGGAUGGGCCCCCCAGCUUGGAGGAGGAGGACACGGCCCGGGAAGGGGCACCAGGCUCGCCUGCCCCACCUGGCCGAGGCAGGGAGGCACCGGGACACGCGGAAGGCGACGGGCACUUCGAGGACGUGGGCUCCGACGGUGACCUGAAGCCAAAAUGGGAGGAGGAGGACGAGGAGCUGGAGGAAGACCUGGAGGACGAGGAGGAGGACGAGGAAGAGGACGAGGAGGAAGAGGACGAGGAGGGGGACUACGAGGACGAGGAAGGGCUGGGGCCCCCGGGCUCCUCCGGCCUGGGCCCUGCACCCCCCGUCCCCCGCAGGGCCCCGCCGUCCCAGGCCUUCCGCGGCGACAGCGGACCCCGGGCCCUCGGUGGCCAGGAGCGCCAGGGGGCCGGCCUGGCCCACACCGGAGGGGCUGCCCACGUGGCACUUCAGCUGCAGCCGCCCGACCACGGGGACUGGACCUACGAGGAGCAGUUCAAGCAGCUGUACGAACUGGAUGGGGACCCCAAGAGGAAGGAGUUCCUGGACGACUUGUUCAGCUUCAUGCAGAAGCGAGGGACACCCGUGAACCGCAUCCCCAUCAUGGCCAAGCAGGUGCUUGACCUGUUCAUGCUGUACGUGCUGGUGACGGAAAAGGGCGGCCUGGUGGAAGUCAUCAACAAGAAGCUAUGGCGGGAGAUCACCAAGGGCCUCAACCUGCCCACGUCCAUCACCAGCGCUGCCUUCACCCUGCGGACCCAGUACAUGAAAUAUCUGUAUCCCUACGAGUGUGAGAAGCGCGGCCUCAGCAAUCCCAACGAGCUCCAGGCCGCCAUCGACAGCAACCGGCGGGAGGGCCGACGCCAGAGCUUUGGGGGCUCCCUGUUCGCCUACUCACCCAGCGGGGCCCACGGCAUGCUGUCCUCACCCAAGCUGCCCGUGCCUGCCCUGGGCCUUGCCGCCAGCACCAACGGCAGCUCCAUCGCCCCAGCACCCAAGAUCAAGAAAGAGGAGGACUCAGCCAUCCCCAUCACCGUCCCUGGCCGUCUGCCAGUCUCCCUGGCGGGCCACCCCGUGGUGGCAGCCCAGGCGGCGGCAGUGCAAGCGGCGGCAGCCCAGGCAGCCGUGGCCGCACAGGCCGCUGCCCUGGAGCAGCUGCGGGAGAAGCUGGAGUCUGGGGAGCCUCCUGAGAAGAAGAUGGCCCUGGUGGCGGACGAGCAGCACCGGCUCAUGCAGCGAGCCCUGCAGCAGAAUUUCUUGGCCAUGACAGCCCAGCUGCCAAUGAGCAUUCGCAUCAACAGCCAAGCCUGUGAGAACCGCCAGGACUCAGCUGCGAACUUGACCAGCCCCAACGGCAGCAACAGUAUUAGCAUGUCAGUGGAGAUUAACGGAAUCAUGUACACAGGAGUGCUGUUUGCCCAGCCACCCUCAGCUCCCAGCAAAGGCGGCGGCGGCAGCCGGGGAGGGAGCAGCGGGAGCGGCAGCAGCGCGGGCGGCCAGGCCGGGCCGGCGGGAUCGUCCACACCUGCCGCAUCUUGUACCUCCAACAGCUCACUGCCUUAACCGCGCCCCUCCCCCCCGUCAGCCCGCCCGGAGCCCGCCUGCGCGGCGGGUGCGGGUCGAGGUGGGCCACGCAGGGGCCGGGCCGGCGGAAGAUACGGGUGGGGAGGGGAGGUGUCCACAGAGGAGCCACAGCUAACGCCAAAAAGAAAAGAAAAAAAUAUAUACAUAUAUAUAUAUAAAGAAAAUUUAAUAAAACAGGGGAAAACCAAGGAACACUUGAAUUACUCAGGUUCGGACAUUCAGAGACGUGCAUUGUGAGAGCAGCAAAGGAAAUCGGAAGAGAGAGGGGCACGUUCCAAGGGUUGCAGCCCUGCUGGACCAACGGACUGGGGUCUGGGGUCUGUGUGGACCGGUUGCUAUGGAAGGCCGAUCCUGUUUACCUCAUACAUCUCUGCACUGUGUGUUUUCAUUUUUGUCUGUUUUUUUCCUUCCCCCCCAUUCAUCACACACUCACCACACCCAGCUCCUUGUGUUGAAUGAAACCCCUGAGCCAAGAUCAGCUGGAUUUUUUUUCUUGUUGCUUUUGGGAACUUUUUUUUUUUUAAAGAAACAGUGAUAGUCCAUAUCUAUAGGGUUUUUAAGAGGUUUCGGGGUUUUGUUUUGUAAAUAAUCUAUUUUAUUCUUGGGGGAGGAAUCAAACCUUAGGAAAAGGAUAUAUAUAUCUAUAUAUUUGUGUUCAUUCAGGGAAACUGGACUUGAAAAAGCAAAAAAAAAAAAAAAAAAACACAAAAAAAAA